AUGCGUCUCACUGAACAACACCAUCAGCUUGCCCCGAAGCCCGGCUACGUAUACCUCUUUGACUCCACCAUCCCCCAUCAACGAUAUUACUUCGUUAGCGAACUAGGCUACGGAGUUCAAAGUCAUGCUCAGCUCGUCCUGGACAGAGAGACAGGCCUGAAGGUGGUUCAGAAAGUGGAUAGGAAACUUCGUCCUUCCACUCUCGAACAUGAGGAGCCAGCCGAUAUCACCAUUCUACGCCGACUCAUCAGUUCCCACCGUCUGGCGGACUACCGGCCGAGAUGGAUUACACUUCUCAACUAUGACCAAGUUCCCGCUUACCAGGAGACCGAGAGAGCAGGUACUCAUCUGAACUAUCAAGUGAGUUACUGGAAGUUCUGCAACGGCAGAACACUCUAUAACAUGGUAGACCCUUACAUCCUGGAACAAACGUUGUGGCUAGCAGGCAAUCAAAACGGUACGGCGCCUGGAGUUCCAUUGCCCAAGAUUCCAAUCUCAUUAGUCGCCCGUGCUAUCCGCAACAUAUGCGAGACCUUGGAGGUCAUGUACCAAGGAGGCACUGAGGCCGUCUACCACUGCGACCUGCACGCUAGCAACAUAUUUCUUCACUGGACAAAGGAAGACCCGCUGCCAGAGUUCUACAUCGGGGACUUUGGCAUGGCUCGAACCGCAAGCCAGUCACUCCUGGACUCCAAGAAAUUUUGUCCUAAAAACGGGAUACCCUUUGACAAGCAGCCGCAAGGAACUAAGCCUCCAGACGUUGCCCCAGAAGGCUUCCAGCGUCGAUGGGAUUUCGUCAUUAACCACGAGUGUAGCUUGGCCAGAUUCUUCGGUGUCAUGUCCAGGGUCGCAGCCACCAAAACGGCAGAGGAGAACGUGAUGUGCAUUGGCAUUGUUCGAUUGCCGAUUCCGCGACCUCAAGCACCGCAACGGAGAGGCUUGGUGAAGCAGAUCGCGCAGCAGAAGAACCAACCGACGCGGCAGGCGCAUAUAAGUACCAGAGACAAAGAAGCAAACGCCAACAACGCCAACAGCCCCGGAAUAUUCAAUGCUGGUACCAUUGAAGCUGCGGGGCAUUUGGAGAAGGAGGCUUUGCAAUGGGAGCAACAUACCCACAACUUCCAGGAGUUUGUCAGGGAAAGAAAAAAGAAGGCGCUGCUUCAAGAGUUCGAGACUUCCCCGUUUGUGUUUAGACGUGAUGGGCCGGAGGCAAAGAAGAUCCUGCGGACAGCGUUGAGGUUGCCGGAAAGAAAUCCUUACAGGGUUUAUCAUGGGCGCAGGGUGAAUGCGACGGAGAGUCUUGAGGAGAUUUGGGGAAGGGAAAAUGUAGCUGGGUCUUGGCGGGUUGUCGAGGUUAGGGUGUAA